ACUCGGUCUAAGAAUCCAGAAGCGGAACCAUUGGCCUAAUUAAUGGAAACGAAAUGCAUACAAAUUUUCAGUGGUUACAUAUUUAGAACUAUAUUGACCUAGGAUAUAGUAAGCCUCGAUUAUGUUACACUUCCUUGUAAGAUUUAUGUAUCCGAGCGUUCAACAAUUAAAAUAUACCUGGAGAAUGAAGUACAGAGCUACGAUAGGUUACUAUCAGAGUACUUUCAUUCUUUUUAGUCUAAUAAUUAGGACAAUAUCUGUUAAAGUUGAUUUAGAUAUAAGUUCCGAUGACGUGAAAGGGAUGCCCAGUGUUAUCAACGUGACACUAACUUCUGACACCAAUAUGUCAACUGUGUUAUUAAAACUGAGUCGUGUUGAGCAUAUCAACAGUAAUUUACCAAUAUACACCAUCGAGGAUGAUCAAAUUACUAAACAACAAGUCCAGGAAGACGAGUUUGUUGCUUUUUACCAAGACACAAACCAUCAGGCUGUCAUUCAUGUCGUUCGACAAAAUGUUACAGAUGCUCCGGACGAUUUUAUUAUAAAGAGAGGAGAGUAUGUCGACCAGAACAUCAGAUACACCAUUGAACCGAAUAGCAGGAAGAAAAGGGAGGCUAACCAGUUCGACAAUGUAAACGAAAACUAUGAAGUAAAACGGGCUUUAACUCCCUUGGCAUCAUUAUCCGACUACGCAUUGCCUCCACCUGGUGUCCAUGCUAGAGAAGUCCGGUACAUCAGUAAGAAAUCUCAAUACGGCAGAAAGAUAGAUCGAAGAAGACGUCAGUCAGUCUCCACCUACUACAUUGACAUAACAGCCUUUCUGGAGUUCAGCAAUUAUAAACUAUUUCUGGAUCAGGCUUCCAAAGAUCAAGUAACGGCGCUGAAGAAAGUGCAAGAAUAUUACGCUUUUAUUUUCACUGGGAUGGACCUUGUAUAUCAAAACUUUGACGCCAACAAUAUUCGUUUGAGAAUCAAACUAACCAAAAUUAUUAUUUUUAAGACUACUGCGUCAUUCCAGUUGACCUUUCAGUCCAAUAAUAUCAGCAGAGUUGACACUGAUAAAGUCUUAUCAAGUUUUACGACAUUCCUAACGUCCACUUCUGGGAGAGAUUUAAGUUUCCCAUACGAUCACGCCAUGCUGUUUGUUGGGAAUGAUCUAUGGAGCAAUAAUACGGAUAUACUAGGAUUAGCUUGGCUGGAUACAUUAUGUCUAACUGAUGGUUACAGCUCGUCGGUCAUAGAAGAUUACGGAUAUUACACAUCUUACUUAACAGCGGCACAUGAGCUAGGACACAGUUUGUCAGCCAGACAUGACGGUGAUAAAAACGCUUGCUCCUACUCAGACCAAUUCCUGAUGGCUUCGUCCUCGUCUGAAACUAAUAAGACCACCAAGAGAAAUCCCUGGUUGUUUUCCAUGUGUAGCAAGAGCUACAUCACUUCUUGUAUCACUCAACUGUUAGACAGUCCGUCUGGACAAACAUGUUUAUCUAACACACUAUCUGCAGUUGGGGACAUCCCAGAUGUCAGCAGCCGUCUGCUUGGUCAGGAGAUUCCAGCAAACAAACAAUGCCAGAUGAGAUUUGGGAGUAGGUCCUAUGAUUGCCAGGUGAAGUACACAUGA